GUAUAAAAUAUUGAGACGCCAUUCUUUUCGAUCAGUCAACUUUUUCUUGGAGUAUAUUCUACACCAGUCAAUCAAUAUUCCUAGCUAGCUCUAAAAAUUUCUCACCAACCAAUUAUACUAUGUCAAGUAUGUUGGGUUCACAAGGCUUCGUAUUGGCGACAGCCAUGGCGGUCUCUGCCGGCACCGUGAUUUUACUCGAUCUUUUCCGGGUCAAGUACUUCCCGGCGACCCAUCUUUCCGACUACCCACAUGAUCAUAAGCAGAUUCUCAAGUCCUGUUUAUCUUCAGCUGGGAAGAACAAGGACAAAACAAGAAAGAAAAAGAAGAAAGUUCAAUUUGCAGCUGAUGUGAAAAGUUCGAGCAAAAAUGGCGAGGAGUACAGAAGAAAACAAAUGAGGAAAUUCACAGAAAGUCGAAUUAAAUCUUGUGGGAAUGAGAUUGUGGGGAUUCCAGGAAAUAGGAUGGCUUUGUACACUGGGAUUCUCAAGGAUCGGGUUCAAAGAAUGGGAUUCUCCCAUUGAUCAAUUUGUAUUUUCGUUUUGGUUAAUUCCUCUUCAUCUUCUUGCAAAACAAAAAACAGAGGAAUUAGGCCAAAGAAACUUUAAAGGCCUCACUGUAAUUUGUAAAUAGUUGUGUCUGAACAUAUUUUCUGUAAAUGGUUUUCUUUACAUGAAAUUACGAACUCCUUUAGUAGUAUA